AGUUUAUGUUGAUGUUACUUCGACAGCGCUCUUGCUCUAUUUGGAAAUGCGCAGAUUACAUCAAUCCACAGUCGUGUAGCUGUAGCUAGCAGAGUCUCGGUGGAGUCAGAGUGCAAUCGGCAUUGAACAGCAAAGACACGACAUAGAUGACGGACUAUGCGCGCGCGAAGCAGGCAGAAGCGGAGAAAUCCCAAGCUCGGCUUGAGCUGUUUUUUCAACAGCAACAGGAACAGGAAGAGCAGCUACAGGCGGCACAGCAGGUGCGUCGCGGUGCCUCCCAGGAAGAUCCGAAUAGUCAUCAGCACACCACGGCUAGCGACGCAGUCGCGACCAAUGGUACUUCUUCAACAGCGAGCCCGCUGCUUCUUCCGGUUGUGGGCGGGCCACCACCAGCAAUCGGAGGAGCAACUGCAAGCCAUGCUUCAUCAGGACCACCUCCAGUCUUGAAUCCUAUAGGGAGCGUGGGGUCUUUUUUGAAUCCCGGCAUAGGAGAAGUGGUUGCGCCGCGGGGCGGACCUUCGCCAUCACUUGCAACCGGAAACAAAGCGGCUCACCAAUCGUUUUCGCCGGGUUCUUUCGGGCCUCCUGCAGGUUCUUCUCGGGGCCCGCACCAAAUGAUAGAUUUGGUUACCGGCAACAGCAUGUUUGUGCAGUCCUCAGGCCCGAAUAGCGGCGACAAUUCCUGCACCAGCGACGACCACAACACUAGCCGGAUCUCGAGUACGCCGUCCGAGGGUUAUCACUGGAUGAGCGUUGCCGCAGCUGCAGCCUGUGGCUCUGCUGCGCCGCAGAUGAUGGCUCCUCCGCAGGCAAGCAAGAAGCUACUGGUCCCCGGGGUUGCACUCCCUUCGCCUUAUGCGAUCUCGCCUCGAGUUCUGCCCACGGUUCUCCGGCAACACCGAGGCGGCGAAUCGCCGGUGCAAGGGCUCGCGCAUCAUCCGGAAGUUGUGCCAGGGAAUCAGUUAGCGCCUGGAGGUGAAGUAGAUGAACGUAUCGAUCCUCAUGCGCUGCCGAACGACGAGCAGCUUGCAGGCACCGGGGACGGCGCGGCGCAUGAUCCGUUCGUGGAGCUGGAGUUGGCGGAGCAACACGUGCCGCCCGACCACACGUUGGAGUCCGGCGAAGUAGCGCUCAACGCAUCAAGAACAAUCGACGCGACCUGCAGUGCAGUGCCAGUUAUGCUGCAGCCAACUGCGUCCACUGGUGAAGACGUUGAACAAUUUGUGGAACACGGCGCGGAAGCUGUCAGACUCAGUGAGCAGGCGUACUCUAGUACCCGUCGAGGAGAGGACGAUGAUGAAAUCGAGUCGAACCAGCAGAACACGAACACCCCGAAGAACCUUGUUCCGCAAAAUAUCACAAGUUCUAGCAACGUGAUUAACCACGAAUGUCUACUAGAAGAGGGGGAAGCCGAGGAUGACCAGGACGCACCUGCAACAGACGGGAAGACGACGUCAAGAAAUUCGAGCAAGAUGAAACCGCGGCAAAAUACGGGCAGUUCCCGGUCAAAUUCCAAAAGUGCAGAACAAGCCGCAUCUAUGUCGACUAGACCGAAGUUGCGAAGGAAGGCGCCCGUCGACAUGGGCCGGCGCAAUUACCAUACCCAAGGAAAGAGGCGAGACCCGUGGGACCUGACACCCCCGCAGGAUUACUUUCCAGACUGCGGCGCUGGCGCAGCGAGUCUCGGAGGAUCCGGAGUAGAUGAUGAGGCCCAGCAGCAUCUACUUCCAGACCACCCGUCGCCCAUCAAACCGCGUCGCGACGAUCCAUCUCUUCUCCACAACACGGUAGCAACUUUGUCUCCUGAUGAACAACGCGACCGAAACAAAUCCAAACGCGAUCCUCAUUCCGAGGCUGGGGGUGUGUGGAUGGCUGACGACACUGCGGAUAGUAUUUGCCAAGGCGGGGGCUCCUCGUCCUCCCCAAGCCGCCGCGCAGCCGGCGGGCGCGGCAAUGGGGCGAAUAGUGCUCCUCGACGUCCUAUUCAGGAACAACCCGAUGGUCUCGGAAGCACGCGCGUUGACGUGGACUCGCUCGCCCUGGGACAGAAGAAAGCAACUGGCGAGAUUCCGCUACACCACUACAUGGAGCACACGUAUCUGAUACCAAGGCUGCCAGUGCUGAUGCAGGGGCCUGAUGCGCAAGCGCAGAAAGCGUGGCUGAAGGCGAGUUUACGGGAUAAACGGAUUCGCUCCAUCAACGAACGUAAUUUGCUGACGAAUUUCCAGGAAACCGGCCAGGCGCUGUCGCUGACGGAGCUGCGGCAGGUCAACGCCGCAAAAGUGCUUGAAGUGCUCGAUUUGGUGGCUUCCGAGGUGACGCAGAAGGGCAACCUGAGCUCAGCGCAGGUGCCGUCGGCGUCCGACGCCGAUUUGGUUCAGAGAACGAAUGACCUGCGGCACCUAGUGCACGCGGUCGGCACCGAUGUCAACAAGGGACUCCGCGCCACCGAGCUGGUUUUGACAUUCGCUUUGGAGGUUUUGCCACCUCCGGCAGAAGAAGUUGCGGUUGCUGAGGGCGACUCAACAGAGGUGCUGGCACCUGCUGCGGACGGUACGACUUGUGCUGCUCCUGCUGAGGAGGUCGGUGUACUUUUAGAAGCUGGCAACCUGCCGGCCUCCGACGUGGCGGAUUGCAGCAGUAGCGCAGCGCCAGGGUUUCAUGAGCAAGAAGAUGUCGAGCAUGAGCUGCAUGCUGCCGUAGAGAAAGUACACGUGAGCGAAGUUGCUGCCCCGCCAGAAACCUAUGUGGCAGCUCUGGCGGAUCAAGCGGUUGAGAAAGUCGAAAUCUUCGACGAAGUGGCAAGUAGUGCAGCCGCCUUGGCACCAUCCGAAAUAAAGCACCGAGUUGGAAUUUCACCGGCGGCACAGGUUCUUUGCGACGAACUUUCCGACCCUGCGAACAACGAGCGACUCACCCGUCCGGGCCCGGUGACAAAUCGGCCGACGAUUUUGGUGUCUACUCCCGGCGGCCCCACGGGCAGCAGCGCCGGAGCCUGGCAAGACGGGGCUGGAACGGGGAGCAUCAUGCGGAUCGACGGGUACGAUUUCGAUCCGACCACGCUGAUGAUGCCGCCGAAAGUCGCACACCCGCAGGAUAUCCUGGCGUACUACCCCGACCAUCAUGUCGAGGAUUUUGUUUCUGGAGAAGCGCAUCUACCAGCGCAUGCAGCGCUGGCGGUCGGCGUUGACGACCAUGUCAUUGACGACUCAGAGGUCCCGGACGAACACUCCGACGACCAGGCGGAGGGUCGGGAAGCAGCCCGUGCGGAGGUGUUGACGAGCCGCGGGCAAGUGCUUUCCCCGCGCGGGGGUGCGAACAAAACCUCGACGCCACCAUCCCCGCUUGCAAACAAGUUUUCUGCUUCGCAAGGCCUUUUUGCCGUGCACCGGGCCUCCAAAGAGGGAAAUUUAGCACAGGACCACGGGAAUGGCGCUGCUCCCUCCGGAUCGUCUGGCAGUCCACUUCGCAACGGAAAGGUGUUCGCCGAAGCCGUGCAGCAAAAGUACUGGGCUUCCACCCGCGACUGGGAAGAAGCCCUCCCCGGGUAAGUAGGCUUUUUUACGUAGAAUUGUAUUGAUGUAAGAAAGAAGUCUCUAAUUAUGACAACUAGAGCUGCAUGUGGAUUCAUCAGUAUUUGAUCUUUCAUAUCGUCUUUGUUUUGUCGACGUCCACGGACGUUUUUACUGGUCUCCCCCCCAUAGUAAUGAAUUCCGUGCAGGUUUCCGCCGGAGUGCAAGUUUCGCGAUAACGGAGAGCCGCGACCGCAAGCGCGCAGCCAGGUCUUCGACCAACGGCGCGAGCUCGCCACGCAGGAGUUCUAUCGGCGGAUGCUCGAGGGGCGUCGGCACCACCUGCUGCAGGAGCACUGCUACCACGUUUCGGGUAACGCGGUGACCGCCAAACACAAGACGGAGGCGCUUGCUGACGACCUCGUGGACCUCGGCGGCCUGAGCCCCGAUCUGGGAUGGAGCAGCCCCAGCAAAACCGCGGCCAUAAGUCGCGUAGACAGCUUGGCUUCCGAGAAAAUGAAACAAACCGUGAUGAAGACCUCACCCUCGGCACGGUCCCUCGGCGGCGCUUUGAUGUCUUCACCUGCGGCGGAGCAGCCUGCGGUCGGCGGUGUGGGUACUUCUGGCGGGCAUGAAAAGUUCUUGCACACAUCAAGUACUAGACCCAACGUGACGAUUCCGGAAAGGACCUGCUCCCCCCGCACGGAAGAGCUCGCUGCGCAACUCUCUCCAGUCAACCGCCGGGCGUGUUCUCCUGCCACGUCGUUGCAAACGCGGCGAUUUUUCCGGGGGGAGGGAGAAGUGUCAACUCGGAAAGUUGUAGUACCGGAUUCUCAUCUGGCAAGCGGCUCCACGACCUCCAGGCAAGCGCGUGACAGUGCUGCCGAGGCUGUUGUCGAAUUUGAGCGCGCCAAGCCUGACCUGCGAACUCGCAGAGAGAAGCGCGCGCCGGUCGUAAGAGCUGCGGGUGGAGGUGCAGCUUCCGACCCAAAGAGCAAGGACGAAGGCGUGCGUCGCUGGGUCACGAUGAAGGCGGAAGCGGUCCGCGAUGUCGACACGGAGAUAAAGUCCUUUCGCGAAGAGAAAAUAAAAAUCGGGCGCACAGUGCGGAAAGAGAAGCUUGCUCCAACGUCCACCGCGAGCAGGAGCUCCAGCAAGAGCCAGCUCCAAAUCGACAGUCCGGCAGACUUUACCCCCAAAGACCGCACAGCUUCAGCGCGUUCGCGAGCGUCUGAGAGUGCCAGCAAGAAUCUUGUUCCGAGCUUGAAAAGCAACAAUGGUAACAGCUACAAUGCAAGCAAGGAGCAGAAUCUGAAUCGACGCAUACCAGACCGAGUUCGCCGAGUUUUCAUGCGCGAGGAGGAGCAAACUGGGGCUGGUGCUGCACCACCCGCCAAUACGGCGCUAAAGCCGCCAAAAAUGAAGAACACCGUGCAGUUCACAGCAGGACCUCCCCGAGCUGAAGUUCGCAACGAAGCUCGAGGGCGGACGAACUUCAAGAAGAUCCCCGGUGCUGCUGGUGCAGCAGUGGACUCUAGUAGUCGUCCGAUGCGCUCUUCGUCGUCUUCUUCCAUUGGCGCCGAUCUUUCCGCGCGGGGUGGAAAUAAAAAUUCCACGAUUCAUCGGCAGAGCGACGCACUAUUCCGCAGUCCGCGGGGCAGCAAAAGCAGUCCGCGGGGCUCUAGUAACCAGCAGAUGACAUCCGCACAAGAUCUCGGACUUGCGUCCUCUGGCACCGAGGUGGGGGAGAUGCUGAAGCAGUCCAUCGCUUUGAAGGAACGCAUCUCCGAAGUGACGCGCGCGUCCCAAGAAACCCGGCUGCGCAUGCGCUCUGCGUCACCGCCGCGGAGUCCCACGAGCGCAAAAAACGAGGCAGACAAGAAGAAAGUGUGGCUCACUUUGCGGCAAAUGCGAGAGCAGCUGCAAAAGCAGUACGAUGCUGUCCCUUCUCCGGAGGAAGCGGUCCCGCCCAGUACGGGCCCGCAGGUGCGAGCAAGAGCCGAGGGCGAGAUCGCCGUGUCCAGAGCGCUGCUAUCUUCGGCAUCUAGAACCUCGGCCGUCUCAACUGGGACAAGCGUUCGCAGCAGCGCUUCCACCACGACCUUGAAGGCAUCAUCGAGGCAACAAGCAGACCGUUCUGGAGCAGCAGUUACCGUGGCGGGUCAGCAGGAACAGGACCGGCAAAGCAAGCAUAAGACGUCCAGUCGGGUUAACACAGCGGCGAAGACGCACACGAGCAGGGCAUUUAUGUUCGCCAGUGACGCGGGCGUCGGCAAGACCGGUGUUGACAUCAAUUUGCAGGAAAAGAACGCGGAACCGCAAUUCGUAGUAAACGCUCACCGACCCCAGCGCCAGAUUCCAUCGUUUACGUACCGGAAAACGAGUCCGCGGACGCUUUUGCAAACUAGUUUGAAAAAAAACAGGGGAACAUCCACUUCUCUUUGCGACGCCCAAGACGAAAAAGCUGCUUGCGACGAUGUGGAGCUUUUCUACGCCGAAUCGCCUGCCGGACAAGCCAAUGAUUUAGUGGAGCGAAUGAUCUCUCCGGGGGAAAAAAGUUUCCGUCUCGUCUACGAUGCAGAAAAGGACUCAGACAAAAAGUCGUUAGCGGAGGCGGAGAAAAACAAGCAUCGGUAAUAAACGACCGUUGCUUUUGCAGUUCUUGUUCAGGGGGGUGAAUUCCAGCGACAAUUUAGAAUCAUUGAAAUGGACCCCACAUAUCGUGGGUGUACUGUUUUCCAACCGAUGUUGCCUGAGACUCUUUUCCCUAGAACCCACUUCCGAAGGAAGUCCACGCGACUUGACUUCGUGACCACCUCAAAUUUAUACACAUUGUGAUCUAUGUCGUGCGAGUUCGUUGUACAGAAUAGAAAGAGCAUUUUCAUUUUUUUUCGGCGCAUGUAACCCGACUCAACCUCAAAUGAAAUUGAAAGUUUUAUACACACAUUCUCAAAAUUAGAUAAAGCAUUCACUUUAGCAUGUAUGAUUUCCGGUAAAGAUGUCAAUUUUCCGCUCGUUUAAUGAAUGUCAACGAUGUAAUUAUCCAAACAAACAGAAACAUCAAGUAGACACUCGUCUUCUCUAGGUCCGAUUCACCAGAUUUAGACAAGGACAGAUUCACGAAUUAAGUAGUAUAUCCGGGAGCCAGACGAUUCGGCAAAGGGGAUGUUUUGGUUCCGGGAAAUUUUCGACUUCAGCAUUAAUUGGUGUACCACAGCAACAGAAUUUGGACAACAUAAAAGCAGCAUGGUGAUAUAGAUUUUUGUAGAAAUAAAAAAAAAAAGAAAAACGAAAUAGAAAGAAUAGGCGCUCUGCUUCUCCGUUGCAGCGUCUGUCAACAAAAGCCCC